CGCAUCGCAGCGUGAUAUCGGGUAGUUAAUUUGCGCUUGAGGAAAAUGCGGCCGAUGCUGCAAGGCCUACGGGUGGGCGCCCGGGGCGCUCGCUGUGCUUCCAUUCUGGUCACUCGCACCUCUACCACCAAUUCUUCGUCCAACAAAAAUGUUGCGUCUUCAAGCAGCUCGCACACUAUUCCUCGUAUUCCAGUGGUGCCCUCGCGUGCCAGUAUCGGUCGCACCGGCUCUCGGCUUGCAGCAGCCGUCGUGGAGGAGGCCCCGGCGAAGGCGGAUAUCUCCCCCAGCAUUAAGCAGUCUGUUUUCAUGGAGCUGAAGACCAGCGACGAGUCCGAAAACCUGCUGCGCAUCCGGCACAGCUGCGCCCACAUCAUGGCAAUGGCGGUGCAGCGGCUGUUCAAGGGCGUGCAGGUGACUGUGGGCCCCUGGACCGACCGCGGCUUCUUCUACGACUUUGCAUGGCCCGCCGACAGCCCGCUGACGGAGAAGGACCUGAAGAAGAUCAAGAAGGAGAUGGCUAAGAUCAUGAAGGCCAACCUGCCUUUCGUAAAGGAGGAGGUUUCCCCCGCCGAGGCGGAGGCGCGCAUCCGGGCCCAGGGCGAGCCGUACAAGCUGGAGAUCCUGCAGUCCAUCCUGCAGCGCGACCCCAACGCACCCAUCACCAUCUACCACAUCGGCGACCCUGCCGGCCCUGCCGCCGCCACUGCCGCCGCUCCUGCGGCUGAGGCUGAGGUGGGCGCGGCGGAGGCGCCCAAGCCCGCGGGUCCCAAGCCCGUGGCCCCCUGGUGGGACCUGUGCGCGGGGCCGCACGUGGAGCGCACCGGCGACAUCAACCCCGACGCCGUGGAGCUGGAGAACGUGACGGGCGCCUACUGGCGCGGCGACGAGGCCAAUGCCAUGCUGACGCGCGUGUACGGCACGGCCUGGGAGACGCCGGAGCAGCUGGCGGCGUUCAAGCAGCUCAAGGAGGAGGCUGCCAAGCGCGACCACCGCAAGCUGGGCGCCGAGCUCAACCUGUUCAGCAUCCAGGAGUCCAGCGGCGGCGGCCUGGUGUACUGGCACCCGCCCGGCGCCAUGGUGCGGCACCUGAUCGAGAGCUUCUGGAAGGAGCUGCACCUGCAGCGGGGCUACCAGCUGGUCUACUCGCCGCACAUCGCCAAGGCUGACCUGUGGAAGACCUCGGGCCACCUGGACUUCUACCGGGAGAACAUGUACGAGCAGAUGAAGGUGGAGGAUGAGACGUACCAGCUGCGGCCCAUGAACUGCCCCUUCCACGUGUCCGUCUACAAGGACGGCUACUACAGCUACCGCGACCUGCCGCUGAGGCUGGCGGAGCUGGGCACCGUGUACCGCUACGAGCGCAGCGGCACCAUGCACGGCCUGUUCCGGGUGCGUGGCUUCACACAGGACGAUGCGCACAUCUUCUGCCUGCCCAACCAGAUCACCACUGAGAUCAAGGGCGUGUUGGACCUCGUUGAGGAGAUCCUGGGCACCUUUGGAUUCAACGACUACGAGGUGAACCUGUCCACGCGGCCCGAGAAGUCAGUGGGCAGCGAUGAGAUCUGGACCACUGCUGAGGCGGCGCUGGUGGAGGCGCUCAACGCCAAGGGCUGGAAGUACCAGGUGGACGCGGGCGGCGGCGCCUUCUACGGCCCCAAGAUCGACAUCAAGAUCCGUGACGCCAUCGGCCGCAAGUGGCAGUGCUCCACCGUGCAGCUGGACUUCAACCUGCCGGAGCGGUUCGACAUGCACUACUUUGACGACGCGGCCGCCAAGCAGCGGCCCAUCAUGAUCCACCGCGCCAUCUUCGGCAGCCUGGAGCGCUUCUUCGGCAUCCUCAUCGAGAACUACAUGGGCGCAUUCCCGCUGUGGCUGGCACCCGUGCAGGUCCGGUUGUUGACGGUGAACGACAACCUGGCCGAGUACGCCCACGGCGUGGCGGCGCAGAUGCGGAAGGCGGGCGUGCGUGUGGAGGUGGUGGGGCAGGCGUCCAUCGCCAAGCUCAUCCGCAACGCGGAGAAGGCCAAGACGCCCGUGAUCUGCGUGGUGGGCAACAAGGAGGCGGAGAGCAACAGCCUGGCAGUGCGCCUGUACGGAGGCAAGGAGCUGGGCGCGCUGCCGGUGCAGGACGUGAUCAGCCGCGUGGCGGUGGCGACUGCCACCAAGGGCAGCUUCUAAGCAGCUGCUGCGGUGUCGUUUGCUCCAAAGGCAGCCGGGGAGGAGGUGCUGGGAUGCGUGGCGCAUCACAAGAUUGCUUUGGUGACGCACUUGCAACGCAGGAAGGGGGCAGGGGCAAAGGGCAGGGCGCUGGCACAGGGUGCGCUUGUUAGGGCCGGAACGCACGUGUCCGGCUGUGAGCGCCGGCGGCGGGUGCGGUGCUCGCUGGUUUGUAGGCCGGAGCAGGCAGCGCAGGAGGAUGAAGCACACCGACAUGCAGGUCUUCGGUGCACUAGGCGAUGGGGGUGCUGCGGCGCCAAGGCUGGCUGGCUGCGGCGACAGCGCUGGCUGCAGCGAUGGCGCGGGCCAUGCUACUGCGGCGCAGCCGCUGCAUGGGGGGGGGGCAUCCGCGAGCAGGGGCGUGUGGCGCCAACUGAGUGGAGGGGGAGGGGGAGGUGAGGGGUGGCGACUGCAUAACGCGCUCGCUCGUGUUUUGGAGCUGAAGGAUGGGCACGUUUGGAUGCGUAACACGCGGACGUGCAUUGUUCUGCCGGGAAGGUUUGACGUAAGAAUGGAAUGCGGUUCAACCGGCAGCCACCGGCUUGAAGUUUUGAAUGCUUAGUUCACGGUGGUGAGUUACAAAGCCACACGCCGGCUGCACAGGGAGGCGGCAGACACGAUGGUACUGGCGCUGGGGGCUGCGUGGCUGACUACUGACGUCGGCUGUGGAAUGACUGGCACUGGGGCGUGAAUGACACGUACAGUGCGACACGCGAGCGCAGAAUUUAUAACAGACAGAAUAUUUGAGUUCGGAGCCUUCCCAGUGCAGGACUGCAACACUGCGUUGGCAC